CUCGCCUCCUCCUCCUACACCACCACCACCACACGCCCUGACGUCACGCACUCCGGCCCCACGCCUCCCACAACGGCGCAUGGAUUAAAAACUUCGCACGUUGAAUGGGGAACGGCGGGCUUGCGACGCGACGAGACGGUGGAACCUGCGAGCCACGCGCGAGCCGACCUGCCGGGACGAGGAAUCGGACAGACAGCCAGACAGACGAGCGGACGGACAGAGAAUAGAGAGAGAGAGAGACAGAGUCUUCGCUGUUCCUUCUCCGCGCUCAUCCCACUUGAGCCGAGACACGGAGCGAGCAACAACUCCGGACCGCACGGACCCCCCACCCCCCUUUCCCAACCCGUCUCGACUCCGGCCCCACAACUCACCCGACCUAUCCCAAAGACGACAAACCCCGGGCUUGGCUAACGGCGCAGCACCGGGAGGUGACCCUUCCACGUUCGCUGGCGCUGCCAUGAGACUCUGUAGGCGCCACGUGAACGGAGGAGGCUGAAGGAGGGCCAGGAGACGCCAACGUCGUCGGGAGUGACCGGCGCGCGUGCCGCGGGGGGUUCCGCGUCCACGCGACCGACAGCGCAGCGUUUUCUUGGUGUGCAACGCGGUCACUGUCAUUCACGUGGAAGACAGAGCCGGAGAGUGGAGUUCACGCGAGAUCGUCAUUGAUUGUGGAGUUGAGGGAGCGAGGGACGUCCUCUGCGGAGUCGCUGCUGGGGCGGCUUGAAGGCCUCUCCGCCGUUGAGCCAUGCGGGGACCGCGUGCCGCGUGUUUGUGGUUGGUGGCAGCGGCGGCGCUGGUUUACCCUCACGAGAUCCCGCCAGAGCAUCGCAAGGUUCGCGAGAGGAUAAGGCGCCAGUUGCCUGGGUCGCAGGACAAGGAGGUUGACACGGGGCCCCCAGGACAGGGCACGUGGGGACCCUGGGGCCCUUGGUCCGACUGCAGCAGAACGUGCGGCGGUGGAGUGCGCAUGCAGACGCGGGAGUGCCUGCCCCAGUCUCAAUUCACGCAGCAUCAGCAGCAGCAUCAGCAGCAUCACUCGGCCGUGCCUCCACACCAGGGGGGAGGCACACACACGGGCCUACAUUCCGUGUCACUGUAUAUGCCGGACAGCCACGCUGCUGGUCAGGGCCAAGGUCACGGCCAGAGUCACGGCCAAGGUCACGGCCAGAGAUACGCGCCCGGAAUGGGCCAGGGCGGCCACCGUCCGGUGCCUAACGGCCGCACGCACGGCGUAGCCGGCCGUCCUCCGCACGGUGGCAGGCACGGCGGCAUGCCGCCCUCCUCGUCAUCUUCCUCCGUGCGCCCCCUCUACUCUGACGGCGUCAACUAUGGCACCAAUCCGGGCGUCGGCUUCCACAGUGGCGGCGGCGGCGGUGUGCCUGGCCAGCCUCCAUCGACCGGCUGGCACAGCGGGGGCUAUGCCAGGCCAUCGAGCGGCCGGGCGACUGCCGGACAGGCCGCCUACCCCGGCGCGGGCUACGGGAGGACGGCCGCCUUCUCGCUCUACACGAGGAGCGACGAGGGACCGGGCACGGCGGACGAGAGAGACGCCGGCUCCGAGGCUCCCACGGGGGCAAGCGCCGGUGGCGGGUCGCGCACGGCGAUGUCCGUGCAACCCCUGCACGGCGCGGGCGACUCCUCCUCAACCGCCGCAUCGUCAUCGUCCGGCGUGGCACCCAAUGCGCAUGCGGAAUCGUCGCCGACUGAUUCCAGGUCCUCCCGAACCUCCAUCCGGCCGGGGAGAUACGGCUAUGGGCGAAUGCCCGUCAUGUACUCGGCCAUCAAGCCCGCCGACGGCGAGCCGAGCCGCGGCGACGCGGCCGCGGGCGCCAACCAAACCCCGCGGCCUCCGUGGCGCUCGCGGCAACCUCCGGCGCGCGCCGGCCACCCGCAGCAGCACCCGCAGCAGCAGCACCCGCAGCAGCAGCAGCACCCGCAGCAGCAGCAGCACUCGCAGCAGCAGCAGCAGCACCCGCAGCAGCAGCAGCAGCACCCGCAGCAGCACCCGCAGCAGCCCCCGGGGAUCGCGUCGCUGCCCCUCUACGCCGAGCGCCCCGCGGCGAGCGAGCGCGAUCAGCGCGGGACGCCGCUCGCGCACGGAGAUCGGCACCCGGCCCCGCGGCACGCCGCGCUUCCCUCCCGCGGCGGCGAGCGCCCCGCGCCCGCGCCCGCGCACCUCCCGUGGUCCAACGGCACGCACCGCCCCCUGACGCGGCUCGAUGGUCCCGAAGCCCGGGCGUUGGCGGGCCUGCCCGCCGGCGGCGGUCGAACGCACAGCCGCGGAGAGCGCGCGUUCCGCCAGUGGUACCAGUCUCACCCGCGCUACCUCGGCGGCGGCGGCGGCGGCGUGGGAACGCCACCGCCAGUCGCGGAGAGCUUUGCGGGUCACGCGCACAGCAGGGCGGAGCAGCCCAACGGAUACCGGCCGCGCCAGGACGCAAGCCGGCAGCAGCAGCAGCACAGAAUGAGCAAGCGCAGUCCCGAGGAAGAACAGCUCAAGUGCUCCGGACUGGGCAAGCAGUACAAACUCUGCAACCUUCAGGCGUGCUCCGCUGGGAGCCGCGACGCCCGCGAGAUGCAGUGCUCAUCCUACAAUGGCAAGCCCUUCAUGGGUCGCUACUACGAGUGGGUGCCGUUCCUGGAAGUGCGGGAAGAGCAGAAGUGCGAGCUGAACUGCCGUGCCGUGGGCUACCGCUUCUACGUGCGGCACGCGGAGCGGGCCACCGACGGCACGCCGUGCGAGCCCGGCACGGACGACGUCUGCAUGGAGGGCACGUGCAAGACGGUGGGCUGUGACGGGAUCCUGGGCUCGGACAACGUGGUGGACAAGUGCGGCGUGUGCGGAGGGGACAACACCGCCUGCAAGGUGGUCUCAGGCGUGUACAAGCGCUCGGCCACCUCCGUGGGCUACCACAAGAUCCUGGAGAUCCCCAAGGGUGCCAUCAAGAUCAACAUCACCGAGAUGAGCAAGAGCAGGAACUACCUCGCCCUGAGGAGUCACGCUGGACAGUCCAUCAUUAACGGGAACUGGGCCAUCGACCGGCCAGGAAAAUACGAGGCCGCGGGGACGAUGUUCAUGUACAAACGACCGAACGAGAUUAGCAGCACCGCCGGUGAAUCCUUCAUCGCGGACGGGCCAACGACUGACGUUCUGGACGUCUUUAUGAUCUACCAGCAGUCGAACCCCGGGGUUCACUUCGAGUACGUCCUGCCUUCAGAUAAUGUGGUGAGCAGCCAGCUGGACCCGAAUCCGCCCAAUCACAAUUUGGAGGAGGCGUACAACGGGCAGCUGUCGGGCUCAGCCAUUGGAGGAGGAGGAGGCGCCGGCGGCGGCAGAGGAGGGCACUCGACCGUUACCCACACUGCAACGGACCCUGCGGGCGGUCACCUGGGACCCGGGCAGCCUGGCGUGCCACCUGCGUCUCCCUGGCUCCGUGACUAUAACUGGAAGAGGGUGGGCACCACGGAAUGCUCUUCCACCUGCGGCAGAGGCAAACAGCUGCCAGUGUUCCGCUGCGUGAGGCGCACCACCCAAGAGGAGGUGUCCGACACCAACUGCGACUCGUCGUCGCGGCCGCCUGAGGAGGAGGAGCCCUGUAACGUUCAGCCUUGCCCCGCAUUCUGGGACCUGGGCGAGUGGUCCGAGUGCAGCAAGACGUGCGGCACGGGGAACCAGCACCGCCAGGUGCUGUGCCGCCAGGUGUACGCGGGCCGCGUCACCACGGUGCAACCACACCGGUGCCGCACGCUGGAGAAGCCCGAGACCACCACCACGUGCCAGCUUAAGAUCUGCAGCGAGUGGCAGAUCCGCUCCGAGUGGAGCUCCUGCUCCGUGCCGUGCGGGCUGGGCCAGCGGAGCCGCGACGUGAAGUGCGUGAGUAACCUGGGUGACGCGGUGGACGACGGCGAGUGCAACAUGAAGCUGCGGCCCACCGACAGCGAGAACUGUGACAUGGGGGCCUGCGCCAAGAGCUGGUUCCUCACCGAUUGGAGCGAGCGGUGCUCGGCGGACUGCGGCGAAGGAGUGCAGUCCCGCUCGGUGGUUUGCCUGAUGAACCACGUGAACAGUCUCCCGCUGGAGGGCUGCUCCAGCGACCAGCCGCCUGAGAGACAAGCCUGCAACUACGGCAGCUGUGAGACCAAAGCGGAAUGGUUCACCGGGCCCUGGGGACAGUGCUCCGUCGGGUGCGGCAACGGCACGCAGAGCCGGGACGUGAUCUGCGUGCAGCGGACCAACGGCUCCUUCUCCGCGACGGACCGCGACGCCUGCGCCGGCCUGGCCGAGCCGGCGAGCCAGCAGCCGUGCCACCUGCGUGCGUGCGGCGCCCGAUGGUACACCACGGCAUGGAGCGCGUGCUCCAAGUCGUGCGAAACCGGCUUCCGAGUGCGCGAGGUGCGAUGCCUCGACGACAGCAUCGCCCCCAGCAGCAGCUGCGACGCUGAGCUCAAGCCCAGCAACAGGGAGGAUUGCAACACGCAGGCGUGCAUCCCUGAGAUCGACGAGAACUGCAAGGACAAGUACUUCAACUGCAACGUGGUGGUGCAGGCGCGGCUGUGUGUCUACAACUACUACAAGACGGUGUGCUGCGCCUCGUGCACCCGGGCUGCGAACCGCGCCCGCCGCAUCGGCCAGAGAUAACGGCCUCCCCGUCGGCACCCUCAGUCCCGCGUGGGCCCCCCAGCCUCCCUCCCCCCCCCCCCAAUCCCGUGACCUCGGCCCCGCCGUCGACGAGAGACUUCGGCCGGCAGCGAGAGACGGCAGCAGAGCAGCGAGCGGCGACGCGUUUUGCGGCUCCCCGGAGAAGAACGGAUGACUUUUAUUUCUGCGGAAAUUGAGACUUGCCUAGAGGUUCAUUCAUCCACAAGCAGUGAAGAACGGCGCAAUUUGUGAAACAGAUUGCGCGCCGCUGCGCUGCAUAUAACUGAACAAUCAGUUGGAGGUCCACGGGGGUGGCUCGCUUUGUUUAUUUCUGGAUAAACAUUGCCCCAUAAGAAUGGCUUUUAUUUGUAUUCAGCACAUAUACAGCAUACGGUGUGCAUAUAAAGUAGCAGGAGGCCUUUACAUAUGAAUUUUCAUUACCUCAUUCCUACUCCAAUAACUGGGGCUCAGGCCAGUAGUAACAUUAAGAUUCGUCUAAAACGUAUGCCCCCGCUAUUGCAUGAGUAAAAACAAUCCGUAUUAAAUGCGUUUGCCUCGCUCGUGAACCGUUCCAUGAACCCACACGCGUUUAAAGGAACCAGUGUUAAGGAUGAGGCGAUCCAACGUCAUGAUAAUCACGAAUGCAACGACAUACAUGACGCUUUCUCCCACUGCAGGCGAUCUCACACGCCGCCUUUAAUCCGGAAAUGGGGGGGGGGGGGGGGGUAGGGACACACGUAUUUGAUUGACACGAAGAUAUUUUGUUUUUACGUGUGGCAUUGCGGGCGCAAACUCCGCCAGAGGCUGGGAUCACGGGCUGCAUCACCCCCAAGUGCUGUUGGGCAGUACAAUUUAAAUAUUUGAAAUCAUCUUGUCACGAUCACACCCCGGUUUGUGAGAUUCCACAGCAGGGUUCUGAUCCCCCUGCACCACGCUCCACCACGCUCCACCACCCCGACCUCUUCUCAAUUCCCCCCACCGCUUCGGUUUGCCUCUAGGUAACGUGUGUUGUUGUAGAUAAUUAUCAAGAACCGCCCAUUAACAGUUGACAUAUAUAUUAUUUCAGCAGCCACAACUACCUCUUCUUUAAAUUUGCCGUCAUGACAUAUAUGGUGCUGUUUUAGGUGCUGUUAUAUAAAGCUGUAUUGUAUUUCUUUUACACUGUUACAAUUUUCUGGUUUUGUUUUUUUUUGUUUGCAUUUGCAGCUGGGGAGGAGUGCAGCGGUAGACGUAAAUUAACAAAAAAACAGUUCAGAAAUACAUUUUCUGUGCCUGCAACAGAUUUUUUUUUAAAAAUCCAAGAGUGGUGUGAAAUGUCGUGCAAUUGUUAUUUGUUCGUUAUUGUCAACCGAUGACGAUUUAAUUAACACACAUGCUUCACGUUUCAUCUACGUUACAACAGUGAUGUAAGGUAUUUCUAACAAGGGGCAAUCAAAUGCUACCACUUCUUGCUUCAAAGGUCAAAGGUUCCCUAAAUGUUAAUUGCUCUCAGCCAUAUUUAGCUUGGUGCCUUGUAAAUAAUUCUAGUAAUGUUAUUGUGAGCUUAUAUGAAAGCUAAACUUUGCCUUUGUUGUUAAUAAUCAUUUUGUACAAUAUUCUUAAAGGUUUUACCUUUAAUUAUAUAGCCUUGCAAUUAUACACAUGAACACAGUUAUUCCUAUACUAACAUUUAGUAGUGCUACUGUUAAAACAAAUUUACUUAAAAAAAAGCUACAUUUACAAUUAUAUUUUAAAGCUGGCAAAAAGUAUUAUAAAUACUUUAAUAUAAUGUUUUUUUUUACUUUCAUUGACUCAUUAUCCACAGUUGUGUUUAUGCUUUGCUUUCUUAUAAGGCUGCACUUCUCCCCCCCCCCCCCCCCCCGAAAAAAUAAAUACUAUUUUGUUAAUGAUUAAUUUAUUUUGUACAACUGUGUUAAUGAACUGUUAUGGUUGGAUUUUGAUGGAUUCCCAAAACAAGAGGUAUGGCGGGGGCCAGGUGGAGUUGGAAACAAUCUAUUACUCUCCUACGGAAAUUAAAUGCUCGGCAGUUCUAAUCUGUGGCCUAACUAUCGAAUGUGCCGGCAGUGCAAAUACACCGGGGACCCUGGGCUGGUGGAGCCCAGUGGGCGACAAAGACUAGGGAGGAUUAUUGGAUGGAGGGCCUCAUUUUAUUCUUUGUGCCAGGACCCGUGCCCGCCUGUUCUAAUCUAACACCUAUGCUGCCUUUUAACACUGUGACUGCAUGCAAAGGUGAGGGCAAUAGCUACAGAUCUAGCCAUGUAUGAUGUGUAAGUGUUAGCCGACCGUCAUUCUCUGUUAAACAUUAGGAACGCUGAAGAUGUCACGUGCGUUUUUGGCCAGCCUGCUCGUAUUUACAUCCAUUGUGACACAAAUAUGUACCGUACUGUAGAUUGCAACUAAACUCACUGAAAACAACCUACCAACAGGAAAUAAACAUUUGCAAAGUCA